AUGGUAAAAAAGCGGCAGAUCUUCACCAGCGCGUUGGACAGGUUGAAGAAGGAGCAUGAGUACUACGUUGAGGAGAGGAAAGAUGUACAAAAUAAGAUUAAGAGAUACAAUGGUGGUGACGAAUACGAAAUUAGAUUGUUAAAUGAGAUGUUCCAGGAAGUUGAGCAGACCAUAUCGUGUGUUGAGUCAAGUAUCCAGGAGUAUAUUUCGAAACUAGAGAAGCUAGAUAAGAACGAGCAGCAUGCUGAGAAAAGUUAUGGUUUAUAAAGAGUAAAGUACUGUUCAUUUCCC